CGACGAAAAAUUUUACAGUAAACUAUUUAGUUGUUUAGGAACAGGUUGAGAAAUAAAAAUUAACUCUUAUAAUCGAAACUACCGUGUCUUGCCGGACUCUCCCUUCAGGUUUUUGUGAUUAAAAGAGAAUAGUCACGGUGUAUCUUUAUUGAUUAUACUGAUUCUUCUUCACGAACCACGCAAUACAGCGGAUAUUGAGCCAAUAAAUGGUGUGUACACCCUCCUCUAUACUUACAUUGGCUUGAGCCUCAAUUCACCAUGCCCACAGACAGGUUUCCUCUUUUUACUCUCAAAUUGUGAAUUUACACGGACCUCCACUUCAAAGAGGAGGCCAUUUGAGGUUCAUCUAUCCUGAGGUUAAGUAGUACAAGGAUUGUUUUGAUUCUUAACUUUUUUAUUCUAAAAUAAUCCUUGGUAGUCUAUCUAUCAUGCCACCUUUUAAUAAUCAAUCUUUCCUACGGAAUGCCGAGAGAAAUGUAACAAAUGCUCAAAGCAAGGUUUUCGAAAAUUUAAAUUUGUUUGUCUUUUCCUACAUGGUGAUCAUACUUGUAGUUGCCAACUAUUUCACAUAUACAAUCAGAGGGUAUAGGAACUCCCUCCCCUACAUCAAGGUUAACAUCAUCCUCCUUCUCAACUGCUGUCUUGCGGAUAUCUACAACAGUUUUGUCUCAAUUACGGUAAAACUAAUACCAGAUUAAAUCACUAACAUUUUUGUCAUUUUUUACAAACUGAGUUAAAGGCGGGACCGGGACUGCUGUUGUUAUAUCAAGUGAACCUCCGUUCCUGAUUUCCAACUGUAAACCUUGAUCCUUAAAUGAUGGGAAACAUUUCACAAUUUUUAGUUUAAAAAGUGUUUAAUUCUGACAAUUCAUCUAAUGUUUUCUGAAAUAGAACUAAGCAAAUAAACCACAAUUGAAAGAAAAAUCAGUUUUAAAGAGGAAAGCAUAGAGAUUUGAUUUACUCUUGAUCAGACAAAGCUUUUAAACAUGUAUAUGCAGGGUCACUUGAAAUUUUGUCCACAGUCCCUUUAAAAGAAUUAUUUUAUAGUGUUUUGGAACUAUUCUGGGUUCUGUCAUCUCAGUGCCCUACGGACUAGCCCUUCUGAUUGAAACUCUAUUUUACUUCACUGUCAAUCUUUCCUUGUGCGUAUCCAUUGCCAUCUCCUUCUCCAGGUUCCUCAUGAUUGUCCAGUUUGAUGAGAUGGUGAGGUUGGAACCAGAGCAGUUGUCCUCACGAAUUCUUUCAUUUCUUCUUCUAAUCAACCUUCUUAUCACAGGGUUUCCACUGAGCAGAGAAAUCACUGAAGGAUCAGUAUCGCACCAAGUGAGUUUCUACACUGGGCUUAAAUCCACUCCUCCGCCUAACUCUCAGCUUAUCGUCGUCUCAAUCGUCUCCGUCUUGUGCCUUGUCAUUACAGGGGGUCUACACAUCUACGGGAAGAAGUAUCUCGACAAGCUGCACUCAAUCAGAGUCAUCCAAGAGAAAGCCCUCUCAAUUAGGAAUAUUGUAGAAAUGAAAACAGUCAUAAUAUUUGUAAUGUUAACCAGUAUCACAUCACUAGCAGGCAUUAUCAUCAACUUCUCGGAUCAGCGUCUCAUUCCGUUAGGUUUGAUCCUCUCCGUGACUAUUGCUACCGGAAUAUUGAUAAAAUUUUCACAAAAUCCUCAAAUUAAAGAAUUUCACAGUCGUAAACUAUCCCAAAACAAAACUAACUUGACAGAAAUAUUUUUCUGGUUAAAAUUUUCUUUCCUGAAACUAAGAGAAAACAGAGUUGGGAUUUAGAAAAAUGAGCUCAAUUUUGACCCCCCCCCCCAAAAAAAAAAAAAUGAAAAAAAAACACUGCCCCGUCUUUUCCUCUAGCUGGAAAAUUGUGCUACCUAAAAAAUUCUGGACAAUAGAUUUCUGUACAAUAUGAUCGUUUGCUUAAAAUUGUUAACCUAAUUGAAAUUCUGGCAAAUUUCUGUUCAAAGGUGUUUUAUUAUUUA